AUGACAGACCAUAAGUUUUUGGAUGACGAUUUAGCCAGUUAUUUGGAUCAACUUUCGCAGGCUCCUCAGGAGGCUCUGACGCCGUCAGUCGCAACGGCGUCACCAAACCGUUCUCAUGUUGAUUCGGGUAAUGCAGCUGCCACAGAUAGAGAACUUGAUGUACUUUUUGAUUUUGUGAGUUCAAUGUAUGAGGGCAAAUCGAAGACUGGUGACACCCCUCAACAGGAGAGACAUGAGCAACAGCAACAACUGCAGCAACUGCAACAACAACAGCAACUGCAACAACAACAGCAACUUCAGCAACAACUGCAGCAGCAACAGCCACAAAGUCUGCGACAUGAACAACAGCGGGAACAACAGCGACUGCAGCAACAACUACAACAACUGCAGCAACGUGAUGAUCGUCAGCACCAUUCCCAGAAGCAUCCGCAGUCAACAAUGUCAUCCUCUUUUACUCCCCAAAUUCAAAUAGAUACCCCUGUUACCACCAGUAAUACUGACCGGAGUCAAGAGGACGGAGUCUCGGUGUUUAUUAGUCAGGCUGAACUUCUGACACCGUUUCAAGGGGACCAGUUUCUUCAUCCGAACGAUAUCGCUAACACUUAUUCGGACCUAUCAGCGUCUUCAUCGCCAUAUUUAUCAGCCACAGAGUCUUCUUAUGCAGAAGACGAAGACCACAAUCCUGCUUUCGCCGCUCUUCAAAUGCAGAUGUCUAAAGAUGACUCUGAUGCUGUGUUUUCUCAUACCAUCGAGAAUCUUUCCCUAGACACUCCUUCUGCAGAUCUUCAGGAUGAUGUUCAGUCGAUGAUGCAUAUGACUCAACCGUUGACCGAGAGUAAUCUCCAACAACAGCAACAGGCUCAAGAACAGAAGCCCAAACAGUCACCUCAUAAGCAAAAACAGCAGCAGGCAUACCAAAUUUCGCAAAAAGAUCUUCUUCAAUCACCGUACGCUGAUACUAACGUGAUAGAGAACCCGGAAAAGGUGGCUGCCAAGACACCGUCUCUCUUUUCGAGAUCUCCGUCUAGAUGCUCAUCUUCUAGUAAUAAUAUUAUUCCGGAGGGUCCUACGAUUCAGGUGGAAGAUAUUUCUGGACAUAUUAAUGUGGCUAGUAAUAAUGGCACUGUGGGCUCCACAAUGAGCCCCAGAUUCAUGGUGACAGACCAGACAGAUAAUCAAGAACAAGCAAAUGAUGAGAAGAUUCAAGAAAGCUACUCUUAUUUAACAUUACCAGAAGAUGCCAUUCACAAUUCGAUGAGAUUAGGUAGACAGAGGCGAAAUUCGGGGUCUUCUACAGGUUCACGGUCUGGAUCACGGUCUGGAUCACGGUCUGGAUCACAGUCUGGAUCAGGAUCAAGAUCAAGGUCGGAAUCAACCUCUAGGUCAAGUAGGCAUUCAAAUUAUGAAAAGUCAUUGUAUGAGAAUGGCCAGGCUACACAUAAGAUAGCUGCUUCCGGGACCAAGAAAAGUCAGAAAAACCCAGCUUUGUAUGCAUGUUCUAUUUGUGAUAAGAUGUUUACUCGACCGUACAAUUUGAAAUCACAUUUACGAACGCACACUAAUGAAAGGCCAUACGUGUGCUCUAUAUGUGGUAAAGCUUUUGCUAGACAGCACGAUAAAAAGAGACACGAGGAUUUACAUACAGGAGAAAAGAGGUUCCAGUGUAGAGGUACAUUGGCAGAUGGAGCCACUGUGUGGGGCUGUGGUAAGAGAUUUGCCAGAACAGAUGCAUUGCGACGCCAUUUCCAAACUGAGUCUGGGAAGGAAUGCAUUGGGCCUUUCUUGGAGGAGAUCGAACACGACAAGCGCCCCCGGGUCGAACUAGAGAGCACAGCCGGGGCAUUUGAUCCAAUCGCUGCUGCAAUGCAGAACGCACAAACGUUUCUGAAGAGUAAUCAACGAUGA